AUGACCGGAACUGCCAAAAGUGAAGCGGAAGAGUUUCGCCAAGUGUACGGGAUGGAAGUUAUUGCUAUCCCUCCUUAUCGGAAGUUAAUUCGCAAAGACCAAGCCGAAAUAAGAGCCGAGGCGGGUCCGUUGGGGGCCAUUACUAUUUCGACUAAUAUGGCCGGUCGCGGAACCGAUAUUAUUUUAAGUGAAGAAAGUAAGAAGGCGGGUGGCUUACUAGUUAUCGGGGUGGAAAGAAAUACCAGCCGUCGCAGUGAUACUCAAUUACGUGGACGGGCGGGACGACAAGGCGACCCUGGCGAAAGCCAAUUUUAUGUUUCGUUGGAAGAUGAAUUA